UACGCGCUGCCUGCGCGAGCGGAGCCGCGCGAUUGUCAUACAGUAUUGCCAGACAUGGCGGCGGAUCUACAACCCGAGUGGAUUUCUUGUCUCCCUUCUUCCUGGAGUUAUGGGGUUACUCGGGAUGGACGCGUCUUCUUUAUCAACGAAGAAGCCAAGAGUACAACCUGGCUGCAUCCAGUGAGUGGCGAGGCGGUAAUAACCGGGCACAGAAAAACUCCAGACUUACCCACUGGAUGGGAAGAAGGAUAUACUUUCGAGGGUGCACGGUGCUUUAUCAAUCACAAUGAGCGGAAGGUGACCUGCAAGCAUCCUGUCUCAAGCUUACCCUCGCAAGACAACUGCAUCUUUGUCGUCAACGAACAAUCUGCUUCCAAAGCGCCGGCGAAUGAGAAGAAGGAACGACCACUGAGCACCAUGAGUGAGGCCUCCAACUACACAGGCGGUUCGGACUACGCCGCAAACCCCAGUAGUCCAGCAGGAAGACCCUCAAGACCUUCAAAAAAAAUUCACAACUUUGGGAAGAGAUCCAACUCCAUCAGGAGGAAUCCCAGUGCCCCAGUAGUCAAGAGGAACUGGCUUUAUAAACAGGACAGCACAGGGAUGAAGCUGUGGAAGAAGAGGUGGUUUGUGCUGUCCGACCUGUGCCUCUUCUACUACAGAGAUGAAAAAGAGGAGGGGAUACUUGGCAGCAUCCUCCUACCAAGCUUUCGUGUUUCCAUGCUGUCUGUGGAUGAUCACAUUAACAGAAAAUAUGCCUUUAAGGCAACACAUCCCAACAUGCGGACAUACUAUUUUUGCUGCGACACAGCCAAAGAGAUGGAGUCUUGGAUGAAAGUAAUGACAGAUGCUGCACUUGUGCAUUCAGAGCCAGUCAAAAGGUUGGACAGGCUAAAAGUGGAACAGUGUGGACCACAAGAGAUCAACCAUGUGGCCAACCACAGGCCGCCGCUCACACAGCCUGAAAUCCAGAACAAUGAACUCAACCGUGAGGCUGACCGUGAGCGCACCACAGCAGUCACCUCUACCACAGCAGAAGAGGAGAGGAAGCAGCGAGACGCCGAACGCUACGGCUUCCAGAAGGAUGGGGCGGAGCGUGAACGCCCGCUCACAAAGAUCAACAGCAUCAAACUGCAGCCAGCGCAGGCGGCAGCCAUCAAGGCCAACGUCGCCUCACCACAGACUCCGACAGAAAUGGACGGGUCACACCGCAGCCCCCAGGUCAACGGAUCUGGUGAGCAGUGUCCAGCUGAAGGGAGUGUAGUCCCUCCUCAGCGAAGUCCCAACCAUGAGCCAGACCGCGCCCUUAGUAGGACCAGCUCUAUGCAGCAACUGGAGCAGUGGGUCCGCACACAGAGAGGACGCAACCAGGAUGAUGACACCAGGAGCAUCACAUCGUACCAGACGCUGCCAAGAAACAUGCCAAGCCAUCGGGUUCCUUACAUGCCUCAUUAUGGUGACGGCUACUGCAGCAUGCCCAGGAAUAGCAUGGCGCAACGGGACAGCAUCUGCAGCAUAUCGCCAUCAUUGUACGACCAGGCCCUGGGUCCCUCGUCAGUCGACAAGCGCCGCUCCAUGCGCGACGACACCAUGUGGCAGUUAUUUGAGUGGCAGCAAAGGCAGAGCUAUGGCAGGCCGCAGGGGCUCUACAGCAAUAUGGCCAGUCCCAAGACCAUGAUCAACCUGUCGGAGCACGCCGCACCGAGCCACUCCAUCCCCCCCUCGCCCUCCCACGGCUCCCUGUCUAUGUACGGCGGCUACUCUCCGAUGCGAUCCUACAACAUGAACAGUGCUCGUUCAGAGGUGUCCUCUCCUAUUUACAGAGGAGACAUGAGCAUCGACAGGCGGCACAGGCCACCACUCAACAAGUAUGCCUACCCACCUGAUAGGAGGUCUAUGCCUGCAGGGAUUCCAGUCCAGACUAUCACUGCCCAGUCUCUCCAAGGCAAAACACCUGAGGAACUGACUCUGCUGCUGAUAAAGCUGCGGCGGCAGCAGGCAGAGCUAAACAGUAUCCGGGAGCACACUGUAGCACAGCUUAUGCAACUAAACAUGGAUGGCGACAACCCAAAGAACGACAUUCUCUCCCAUCACCUCCAAAGGAACCUCUUGUAUUUGGACAAUCAGUUGAGUCCAGAAGGCUACAGGGAGCAUGGCUAUACAUGUAUGCCAGAAGAAGUGGACAUUGAUACCAAACUUAGCAGACUGUGUGAGCAGGACAAAGUGGUGAGGACGCAGGAGGACAAACUUCAGCAGCUGUACAGAGAGAAGCACACCCUGGAGACAGCACUGCUUUCAGCCAGCCAGGAGAUAGAGAUGGGCUCUGAUAACCCUGCUGCCAUGCAGAGUGUUAUCCAGCAGAGAGACUUACUGCAGAGCGGGCUGCUCAGCACCUGCAGAGAACUCUCCAGAAUCUCAUCUGAGUUGGAGCGGUCAUGGAGGGAGUAUGACAAGUUGGAAGGAGAUGUGACUCUGGCUAAGAACAACCUCCUGGAGCAGCUUGAAGCACUGGGAAGCCCUCAGACCGAGCCGCCCAGCCAGCAACACGUCCGCAUCCAGAAAGAACUUUGGAGGAUUCAGGAUGUGAUGGAGGCGCUCAGUAAAAAUAAAGCUCAGAGAACUGCUGAUGGUGUGAACAUGUAUGGGCCCAAGAGCAACUUCAGCAAGCACAAAAAUGAGGAGGAGGACUCGGUACCCCCGCGGCCACCCUUACCCCAGUCCUAUGAGCCCAACCCCCCCAACGUGCCCCCUAUGCCCUCUCAUGCUGGUGUGCGCCCUUCAACGCUCCACAGGCCGGAGGACAGGAAGGCCAAUCACAGGAAUGGCACGCACAGCGGUCCAGACUACAGGCUGUACAAGAGUGAACCAGAGCUCACCACAGUGGCAGAAGUGGAUGAGAGCAACGGUGAGGACAGAUCCGAACACCCGUCUGAUAGAGAACAUUCUGGAAACAAAGGGGGGUCCUACCCAGUCGGCAUCGUCCCACCCAGGACCAAAUCUCCAGUGCCUGAGUCUUCCUCCAUAGCUUCAUAUGUUACCUUAAGAAAAGGCAAGAGGCCUGACCCCAGGACGGAGCGUCCACGCAGUGCGGUGGAGCAGCAGCUGUGUGCUGCAGAGAGCGGCCGGCCCAGGAUGAGCGUGGAGGAGCAGCUGGAGAGGAUCCGCCGCCACCAGCAGGGUGCCCUCAGGGAGAAAAAGAAAGGCCUCCACAUCCGGGGCGGCAGCCAGGAGAACACGCCCUCUCGCAGUCACUCAUUUACAAAAGAAAACCAUUAUCGCAGCGUGCAGUCUCAAGUGAGGCGCAGAGAUGAGGGGAUAAGCAGUGACAUUCAGCAGCUGGAGGCCUCACUCAGGCAGCAGGAGGUGGUGAGGGAGCAGGAGACGCCUGCAGAGGAGAUCGCCCGUCUCAAAGAAGCCUCACAGUCUGACCAUUUAAAUGUGGACCGAGAGCUCUCUGUGCCUGACAAAGUGUUGAUUCCUGAGCGUUAUGUGGAGUCAGACCCCGAGGAGGCUCUGAGCCCUGAGCAGGAGGCCGAUAAGCAGAGGAAGGUUGAUCGCAUCAAAGCCCUCAUAGCCAAAAACAGCAUGCAGAAUGUGCUGCCUAGUAUGGCUCUGAGCCCGGAGGAGGACACUGAAGUGGAGGUUACCGUACAGGAGAAAGAGAAGAUGAUUAAUAUCUCCUACGAGCUGGCAGCAGAGGCCUCCAAGCGCAGCAAGCUGGUUGCAGUGAAAAGCCCGUCGUCCUCUUCCCCACCCCUUCCACAGUCUCCUAACACACCCCCUCAACUCACUGAUGGGUCUCACUUCAUGUGUGUGUAGUAGCACCACACAGGCCCUGGCCUCAGUGAAAACCUACACAUGAAGGAAACAGCAGUGGAGGUGUAAAGAUGCCCCAGAAGACUUCCCCGAGGACAUCAGCACAAGGCCACGGCCUACAGAGAGUGAAACUGCCUACUCCGUACUCUGGGGUGUUAACCUCUGACUUCUGUAUGCUCACUGUGACGUCUUAAGCUCUUAUGCCACAAACAAAAGUUUCUCUGUGACAUUUCUCUGUUAGUUCCCCUCUUUGGGACGCCACACAACACAGCUUUGAUACUGUUAUUGUUGCAGUUCCAUUUUCAGUUUUUACAAGGCUUUUAAGGUUAUUUUCUUAAUUUAUAUGGUUUUAUUAGGUUCUUGUUUGAGUAUGGGCCAACAUCUGUGUGUGUGUAUAUAUAUGAGGCUAAUAGACUGAGCUCUGUUGUGAGCCUAAGGGCCUGUGACGACAUUUUCCGUACGUUUCACCACCUCUCCUACAAUGUUAAAAACAUAUUUUCUCAUAAUUUUAGCUUGCUUGAGUCUUUUAUAAGUCACCCAGUUUGUUUUUCAGACACCAGUCAUCAACUAACCAUUCAUAUUUAUCCAUUUAUUGUAAAGAACAUUUGUCCAAGCGAAAGACGAGUUUAUAAGAGACAUAGAUCCCUCCAUCAUAAUAAAAGGAGGAGCCACUAUAUUGCUGCAGACAAAGAUUAUUUGUAAUUUCUGGGUUGUAAUUAUUUAAAAACGGGAUCCUCUGCAGUCCCAGUCGCAUUGUUGCCGACACAUAUGUGAAUGUUUAAGUCACUCUAUACUGUCUUUUUUUAAUGCUGAGAGAUAUAUUUAAACUGAGAGAAGGAAAAUUAAAUCAGAGUUUGGUUCUAUUUUAUGACGUGUUGGUUUGAAGUCUUGGAACUAAAAGUAUAUAUAAAAACAAAAAGAUUAGCACAUGUAAAAAGCAAUAAAAAUAAAACGUUAAUGGAUCCAGGAUUUUUUUGUCUGUGUGUGUGUGUGUACAAAGUGUAAUUAUCAGAGGUUUACUGUGUAUAUAAUGUACAUGGUGCAGCAGGAUGGAAGGAUGUAUCCAACAUAUGGUUACAUACUAGAUUUGAUUUGCAAAUGUUCAUAUUCCAUCUGUUUUAUAUCAUGUUAAAUAAAUGUUGCUGUUCUUAAUAA